AGCCGUACUGGAGGAGCUUCCUCCAACCUAAGGAGCCUUCUUAUAACUCAAGUGGCUCUUCUGUUGGAGGAAGCAGAGCCACAGUGGCUGGAGGAAAGCUUCAAACUUUGUUAUCUGGAGUGGCUGAAGAAUGAUGGCUGUCUUCAAUAAACUCAUUUUGGGAGUUGGUGUUAGUAGUUUUGCUAUAUUUCAACUUUUCUUCCAUGUGUUAAGUUCUUGGGUUUCUGCACGUGUAACUUCUGGUUUUAAUACUCUUGACCAAAAGAAGAAGAUUGAAUGGAAUUCAAGGACAGUAUCGACAUUCCAUGCCUUGGUUGUUGGAGCAUUUUGUUUGUAUAUUUUAUUAUACGAUGAAGCUGUUAAUGCUGACCAUGUUUGGGGUGAUCCUUCUAUAGUGAAACUAAAUCUUGCCAUUACUACAGGCUACCUCAUUUCAGAUUUGUUGCUUAUUAUUUUCUACUGGAAGGCAAUUGGGGAUAUAUUUUUUGUAAUUCACCAUUUAGUAGCACUCUAUGCUUACUACUUUGUACUGGAUAGAGGAUUAUUAGCAUAUUUUGCUAACUUUCGUCUGCUUGCAGAAUUCUCUACUCCUUUUGUGAAUCAGCGGUGGUUUUUUGAAGUGUUGGGGUAUUCCAAGUCUUCAAAAGGCAACAUUAUCAAUGGAGUACUCAUGACAGUCGUGUUCUUCCUGGCAAGGAUCGUAGUAAUGCCAGUUUACUAUAGCCAUGUUGCUUUUGAGUAUGGAACAGAAGCUUUCCACAGAUUAGGAUUUGCAGCUCAAAGCGCCUGGUUUAUCUCCAGCAUUGUGUUGGAUGUCAUGAACUUAAUGUGGAUGGUCAAAAUUACAAAGGGAUGUUACAAAGUUGUUUGUCUUAUUGGACAAGGAGAAGUCAAAGCUCAUAAGAAUGGAAAAUCUGACUAAAAGACUU